UGGUUGGCAUUGUCUAGCCGUGUACACCUCCCGACAGUACUAAGAAAAAAAAAGUCCGGUAGCGGAUUUGGGGUGGUACGCAGCAAAAUCUGUGGAGGUUAUAUUAUUUUAUUCUGUGUUUACUUUCGUUGAUCGGAUUGCCUCCCGUGAAACUGCAGUUUAAUUUGUCUAGUUACUAUCUCAGCAAGUUUGCUCGAAAGUUGAAGUGGAACGCUGUGACUUCAUUGCUUAAGAGCUUAGAGUUGAGAACUUCAGAAAGACGGUUAUACGGCUUGUGUCCUGUUACAGGGAGGUUCAGUACAUUGUAGUGGACUCUGUUCAAGAUGUCUAGUAACAGUACAGAUUUGGUACCCCGACUGUGUGUCCUGGAGAAAGGCUCCGAUGGUUAUGGCUUCCAUCUGCACGGCGAGAAGGGUAAAAUUGGCCAGUUUAUCCGCUUGGUGGAAGAAGGCUCUCCGGCUGAGUGCUCGGGAUUGCGCGCCGGAGACCGCUUGGUAGAGGUGAACGGCGAGAAUGUAGAGAGUGAAAGUCAUCAACAGGUGGUAGGGCGCAUCCGCGAGGUACAGCCGCCCGGUCGUGUCCGCCUGCUCGUCGUUGACAGGGAAACAGACCAGCUGCUGAGCCGCCUGGGUCUGAAGUGUCGGGAGGAGUAUAUACGGGGUAUUCCCGACGCGGGGGGACAAUCCGAUCAGCCCCGACCCCAAGAACAAGAGAGUGAGAGACGAGAGAGCAGCAGUAGCACCUCCACAGAUACCCCGGGUACUGAGGGGACAGAGAACAAGGUGAAUGGCGAGGAGCUUGUGCAUGAGAAACUGAAAAAUGGUGGAGAAAAGGAUAACAAAAUGACACCAAAGGAGCAUCGACCUCGGCUGUGCCAGAUGAAGAAAGGUGCUGGAGGUUAUGGUUUUAACCUACACAGUGACAAAUCGAAACCAGGGCAGUAUAUUCGAGCUGUGGACCCAGAUUCUCCUGCUGAAAAAGCUGGCCUCCUCCCUCAGGACAGAAUAAUUGAGGUAAAUGAAAUUUGUAUGGAAGGAAGACAGCACAGUGAUGUAGUAACUGCAAUAAAAUCUGGAGGUGAUGAGACCCAACUCCUGGUGGUAGACCCAGAAACGGAUGAAUUUUUCAAGAAAUGUGGAGUAAUUCCAACACAGGAUCACAUAAACGGUCCACUCCCAGAAGUGAUUGCUAAUGGAGAAUUGGAGGAGAAGGUGAAUACAGUAUCUGCAAAGGAGGGUGAGACGGUAUCAAUUAAAAAAUACAUUCCUGAAGCCCAGUUGUCAGCAAAUCCUGAACCAUCUGUUGCCCUAUCAGAAAAAUCUAAAGAGGUUUUGAAACAUGCUUUGAGAUGUAUGUGUGAAUGUGCAGAAAUAGUCUCAAGAAAUGGUGCUUCUUCUGUUGCAUUAAGAUGUACUGGUACAGAAGAUAUAAGGUACUGCAUUGCAAUGCACCUCAGUAUACAUGUGAGUGCCUUGUGCAGUACUGGUAAAGAAGAUGUAAGGUACUGCACUGCAGAGCACCUCAGUAUACAUGUGAGUGCCUUGUGCAGUACUGGUAAAGAAGAUAUAAGGUACUGCACUGCAGUGCACCUCAGUAUACAUGUGAGUGCCUUGUGCAGUACUGGUACAGAAGAUGUAAAGGACUGGUCAGCAGUGCACCUCAGUAAACAUGUGAGUGCCUUGUGCAGUACUGGUACAGAAGAUAUAAGUACUGGUAAAGAAGAUAUAAGGUACUGCAUUGCAGUGCACUUCAGCAUACAUGUGAGUACCUUGUGUAGUACUGGUACAGAAGAUAUAAGGUACUGCAUUGCAGUGCACCUCAGUAUACAUGUGAGUGCCUUGUGCAGUACUGGUACAGAAGAUAUAAGGUACUGCAUUGCAGUGCACCUCAGUAUACAUGUGAGUGCCUUGUGCAGUACUGGUACAGAAAAUGUAAAAUACUGGUCAGCAGUGCACAUCAGUAUACAUGUGAGUGCCUUGUGCAGUACUGGUACAGAAGAUAUAAGGUACUGCAUUGCAGUACACCUCAGUAUACAUGUGAGUGCCUUGUGCAGUACUGGUACAGAAGAUGUAAAGUACUGGUCAUCAGUGCACCUCUAUACAUGUGAGUGCCUUGUGCAGUAUUGGUACAGAAGAUAUAAGGUACUGCAUUGCAGUGCACCUCAGUAA